CUCUACUGCAUACUUGAGUGUUUUACAUCCACUGCCCCUGUAUGAUGCUCCUGUGACGACCAUGUCUUCUAAGCUGGUCCGCAAACAGCUCUCUGCAUUCAUCGCCGAACAGUCAAAGGACGGCCAGAAGGCCCUAGCAGUCAAGGAGAAGAAGGCAGAGAAGAAGCGCGCGUCUGCAUUGAAGAAGAAGGUCAAGGAGCUACAGAAGGAGGCCCAGGCGAAGAAGUCAGCCAAGCUUGUGCUGAAGAAGAACACCCAGUACUUUCAGACCACCAAGGCAGCAUCUGAGCAGAACACGGAGCUGCAAUUGAAACUACUCGCGGCCGCGACUAGCGGCAAGAAGUGAUUCAGCCGCCUACACGCAGCGCCUGCGCUAAGCAGGCGGCCUCGACAAGCGUUCGAGGCCAUUAGCUAAUACCAUGCAGAAAUCCAGCUUUAGGGCCCGGUCGGGCGCACCGGCGGCUUCCUGGGCCGGCGCUGGCCCCGGCCCCUCGUCAGUCCGCGCCUGGCCGCCGGUCGUGCGCAGCGGACGCCGUCAGGGCACAGCAGUGCCGUUACGGACACAAUCUCCUGACUCCGCCAGCCACCUUGCGACCUCCAGCCCUGGCCGCCACGGCCAUGGCGCCAGGCGGGCGCCGCUGUGCCGCUCCGGGGCAGGGGGGCCCGCUAGCGGCGCCGGAACGGCGUUUGGUGACCCCAACUCAGUGAUGGGCAUGCUCAUGGCUUACGCGGUGCAGAUGCAGCAGCAGCAGCAAGCGGCGGGCGCCGGCGGAGCGGCACCGGGCGCCGAGGUGCGCGUGGAGGGGCUCACAUUUCACCCGCCGGGCGCAGAGCAGCCGCUGCUUCAGGACAUCCGCAUGACGCUGCCAGCCAACAGCCUGGGGCUGGUCAUGGGGCGGAGCGGCAGCGGCAAGACCACGCUGCUGCAGGUGCUUGCGGGCCUGUCGGAGCAGACGUCGGGGCAGGUGCGGGUGCUGCGCGGCGGGGCGGCGGGCGGCGUCGCGCUGCCGCCGACCAACGGCUACGCGGGCGGGAACGGGAACGGCAGCGGCGCGCACGCUCCGGCAGCGGCUGCGGCGGGGGGGCCUGGGGGCCUGACCAUGGAGGAGCGGAUGCAGCAAGUGGGGCUGGUGUUUCAGUUCCCAGAGCGACAUUUCCUCGGAGAGGACCUACUCCAGGAGCUGACGUUCACGUGGCCGCGGCUGCCGGGCUACUGGGGCGAGCGGAAUGAGCUGUCCGCACGGAUGCAUAUUGUAUUGGAGGCGGUGGGCCUGCAGGACAUUCCGAUGCACGUGCCGCCCUGGGCGCUGUCGGGCGGCCAGCAGCGCCGGCUGGCUCUGGCCAUACAGCUGGUGCGCCAGCCAGCACUGCUGCUGCUGGACGAGCCUCUGGCGGGCCUGGACUGGACGUCGCGGCAGGAGGUGGUGACCAUCCUCAGGAAGCUCAAGGAGCAGUGCACGUUGCUGGUGGUGUCGCAUGAUCUGGCGGAGAUUGCGCCGCUUGUGGACGUGGCGUGGCGCAUGCGCAUCGGCGGCUCCUGCGAGCCCGUCAGCUGGCCGCCUACAGACCUGGCCGUGCUGGAGCAGUAGCCGUGGCAGUAGCCGUGACAGCGGCCGGCAACUGAACAGUGGCGACGGCAGUAGCAGUGGCGGUGACAGUAGUAGUAGCAGCAGCAGCGCCGGCAGCUGAGCAGUGGCAGUAGCAGUGGCGGUGGGAGUGGCAGCGGCAGUAGCAGGGAGGCGCGCGGCUGGCGGGUGCACGCGUUUGUGUGCGGGGCAGUGCACGGGACUCUAUGUAUGGAUGGUAUGAAGCGUUGGGGUGAGAUAGAAGUGCGAGACUUGAUCACCGGAGGUAGCCAUGCAUGUUAACGACGAAACGAAGGUGAACCAACUUUGGAGAAGGCAGCACCAAUCGUUGAGCCGGAACGAAAAGCAAUACAUGGUUGCCACAUGUGCCACAUGUUAGUAAAGCAAAGCCUAUUGAUCGCAAAUAGCCAGCACUUGUGCAAUUCCCUACCAGACCUC